GAAGAAGAGGAAUAUCGCCAUCGGGACUUCGCUAGAAUCCCCGCUCGAGCUUUCUUCGCUUUCCUUUCGGUGUUGUCGACUAGCUCCGGCGUCCCUUGUCACCGUCUUCUCACUCGUAGCUCCGUGCAACUGUCAAGAUGCCCCCGCGAGGACGAGGCCGAGGUGGCAGUCGUGGUGGUGGUGGCCACAAGGGACAGCGGCGCCACUUCACCAACCUGGAAGAGCUUGAGAGGGAGAAGGAGAAGGAGGAGAGGAAUCGCCAGUGGAGGGCACAGCGUGGUGAAGGCAAUGACGACGAAAGUGGCUCGGGCAAGAGCAGCAGCAGCAGCUCCGAGGAGGAGAGCUCAAGUGACGAGUCUGGCGAGGAGGGCGGAGGUGGCGAGGAGCAGGCCAAGGCCAAGGGUGUGGAGCACCUGAUUGAGGUGCAGAACCCGAACCGGGUCGAGAAGAAGCCCAAGAAGGUGGCCGAGCUGAACGAGAUAGUGGAAGAGGCACCACAGCUCUCGCGGAGGGAGCGGGAGGAACUGGAGAAGCAGCGUGCCAAGCAGCACUACCAGAAGAUGCAUGCAGCGGGCAAGACUGAGGAGGCCCGGGCUGACCUCGCUCGCCUCGCCCUCAUCCGCAAGCAGCGUGAGGAGCAGGCGCGGAAAAAGGAAGAAGAGCUCAAAGCGAAAGAGGCGGAGCGGAAGGCCAAGGCGGAAAGCAUCAACAAAGCGCUAGGGAAGAAGACGUGACCACAGCCGCAACUGUUAUUCUCAAAACUCGCCCUCUUUUUUUAAAAAAUAUUUUCUGGUGUUAUGAAAGAUGCUUUUUUGCCAUCCCAUCCGUGUAUGUCGUUCUCAGUUUCUUACUGUUGUGAACCUCUCCUGAAAAUGAGUUCCAGAGUCAAAACACUGCAUUUGAGUUUGUUUUGAUGAAAGUGCUCAUAACUCAAGUAAGCUUGAGACAGCUUAACGUGUCAUUGGCCAGAUUGCACAUGUUAAAUCUAGAUUUGGCAUGGCUCGAAAACGGCUCAUAGUGUGAGCCUUGAACUCACUUGUAUUUGGAAGGAAUGUAUCCAAAAGAUGAUAUUGUAACAGCAUCGAAAGUGGAUUUUUGAUUUGGCUUUGGAUUUUGAGAUUUCAGGGACAAAUUCUGUAAAUUUGCCCACAAUAAAAGAGUGAUUCCGCUGUUAUGCCAUCGUGA